AUGGAACUUACAAUGGAUAACAUUGGAAAUCUGCACGGCGUGUCACACUCCCAUCAAACGGGGGACUUGAUGAACUCUCCUCACGCGCGACAGUCGGCGACACAUAGGAACUUGGUGUCAUCGCACGGGAGAUCAGCGAUGGUCUCCAGCAUGGCCUCAAUACUGGAUGGGGCCGGGGAGUAUCGCACGGACCAUUCGUUGUCCGGUCCUCUCCAUCCAGCAAUGACCAUGUCUUGUGAUUCGAACAUGAGUUUCAGCAGCACUUACACCACAUUGACGCCGCUGCAGCACCACCUGCCUCCCAUAUCCAACGUCUCAGAGAAAUUCCACCAUCACCCGCACCCGCACGCUCAUCACCAUCCAGCGCACCAGCGUCUCACCGCCGGGAACGUCAGCGGCAGCUUCACACUGAUGCGGGACGAUCGGGGCCUCGCGUCCAUGAGCAACCUAUACGGCCACUACUCCAAAGACUUGUCCGGCAUGGGACAGCCUUUAUCACCUCUCUCCAACGGCCUUGGGUCUUUGCACAACUCUCAACAGACUCUGGGCGCCUAUGGUCCUAGUUCACACCUGGGGAACGAAAAGAUGAUUUCCACGGGAGGCUUCGAGUCCCACGCCACGAUGCUCGGUAGGGGCGAGGAGCACCUGACGCGGGGUUUAGGGGGACAUGGGGCGGGCAUCAUGUCUUCUCUCAACGGGAUCCACCACCACAGCCACUCGCACGCUCAGGUGAACGGGUCGGUGCUCUCAGAGCGCGACAGACAGGCGGCAGGCGCCGGCGGACAGGGUGAAGGGUCCGGGCAGGUGGAGGAGAUCAACACCAAAGAGGUGGCUCAGCGAAUAACGGCGGAGUUAAAGAGGUAUAGCAUUCCACAGGCCAUCUUCGCCCAGAGGAUCUUGUGUCGCUCUCAAGGAACUCUCUCUGAUCUCCUGAGGAACCCUAAACCCUGGAGUAAACUCAAGUCAGGUCGAGAGACGUUCAGAAGGAUGUGGAAGUGGCUGCAGGAACCCGAGUUCCAGCGUAUGUCGGCCCUCAGGCUUGCAGCCUGCAAGCGUAAAGAACAGGAGCAGCACAAGGAGCGUAACAUGGCACCCAAGAAGCAGCGCCUGGUCUUCACCGACCUGCAGCGUCGCACACUUAUUGCCAUUUUCAAGGAGAACAAGCGGCCCUCAAAGGAAAUGCAACUGACCAUCUCACAGCAGCUGGGCUUGGAACAUAGCACCGUCAGCAACUUCUUCAUGAAUGCCCGUCGCCGCUGCGUUGACCGCUGGCAUGAGGAACAUCAUCACAGCCAUGGUGCCAGCCCCGGCCAGGCAGGCACCUCCGCCACCACCUUCUCGAAGGCUUAA